GCGAGUUCUCGCGAGACUCGCCGGUGGAGCGGAACCGGAAGAGGAGGAGCCUCGCCCGCCAUGCCAGUGGCCGUGAUGGCUGAGAGCAACUCGGGCGGCUUCCACAAACUCCUGGAGCAGUGCGAGAGCCAGGAGCUCGAGUCUCCAGGUGGCGUGGCCUCUCCUCAGGUGUAUGGACAGCUGCUCGCACUAUAUCUCUUAAACAACGACGUGAACAAUGCAAGGUAUCUGUGGAAAAGAAUCCCUCAGGCAAUUAAAACUGCGAACCCAGAGCUGGGGGCCGUGUGGUGCGUGGGGCAGCGGAUGUGGCAGCGCGAUUUCCCAGGCGUCUACAGCUCCAUCGGGGCACAGUCCUGGUCGGAGGCUCUCCAGCCAAUCCUGCACGCACUCAGGGAAGAGACAAGGAAGAGGGCAUUCUCGCUGGUCGCGCAGGCGUACACGUCCAUCAGUGCUGACGACCUGGCGGCAUUCGUGGGGCUUGCGGUGCCCGACGCCGUGAAAGCGGUAGCGGAAGAAGGCUGGAAUGCAGACUCCAUCACCAGGAUGAUCGUGCCCAAGAAACCAGAGCCCCCGCCGGCCCCGUCAGUGCCCAGCGACCAGCAGCUGGGGAGGCUAACGGACUACGUCUCCUUUCUGGAGAACUGAGCGACAAACGACGCGAAAACGGGGCGGUGACGCUCAGCGAUGCAGUUGCCUACCGGGGUCGGGGGAACGCCGGGGCCUGCCUGCCCCGAGCCCCUCACCACCCGCACCCCCCCCUCCCCACCCCCCGUCCGCCCGCCUGCCCGCCAGCCAUCCCGCCCAUCCGCACGCACGCACGUCUGCAAGAGGGCUUUUUGGGGGGGAAGGGGAGCAGAGUCCACCUCGUGCUGGCGACUGACCAGGAGGGACUCUCUCCAUCCCGCCCUCCUGCACCUCCCAACACAGAGCUCCUCGCUAGCCUUCGUGCUGCCUGCACUGGCAGUCCCCCCGCCCCCUCCGCCUUCACCUCUCCCUCUCCCCACCCUUCCUGCCAGCUUUCUCCACACAAUUCUUGGCUGCCGAUGCAGAUGUCGGCUUGGACUAACGUUUAGAGCGGGUGGGGUGAUGUUUAACCACAUAUUACAAAAUAAGCAGAAAAAUUGGACUCCCGUUUGAGUGCAUUGCGUUUGAUUGAGUUGGGAUGACGACUCGGAUGUUUCAGCAGCUCCUCCAAGGUUGCCCUAACACGCUGCGUCAUUGAUUGAUUUUGUCUGACCCUGUCUUUAAGUUUAUUAAAUAUCAUUAAGUCACAUUUGUUAAAAUAUAUAUAAUUAACCCUCAAAGUGUGUUUGGUCCUACAGGGGCGAAGAAAAAAAUAUGGGGAAAAACAAAUUACUGCCCUUAUUUUUCACUGUCCCAGGAUUGUUUUGAAAUUUCAAAUGCACCAAAAACAGCAAAGCAAAGGAGCGUUGGUUCAUAUGACUGGAUUGUUAUGUACUGUACAUGCAAACGUAUUGUUUUGUUUUAUUAAAGCUGUAACCCCAAUUUAUUUUUA